AUGGUUUUUGGAAAAGCUUGUCACUUGCCGGUAGAACUUGAGCAUAAAGCAUAUUGGGCUUUGCAAAAGCUCAACUUGGACUAUGAGGCUGCAGCCGAGAAGAGAAUGUUCGAUAUGAAUGAGAUUGAUGAGUUUAGGCUACACGCUUAUGAGAGUGUUGAUCUCUACAAGGAACGUGCCAAGAAGAUACAUGAUGCAACUAUUAAGCCUCGUCAAUUUCAUGAAGGACAGCUGGUUCUUUUGUACAACUCUAGGCUAAAGCUCUUCCCGGGAAAACUCAAGUCAAGAUGGUGGGGUCCCUAUGUGGUGCACAAGGUGUACCCCUAUGGUGCUGUUGACAUUCAAGACCCGAAAAAUGACAAUUUGUGGAAGGUUAAUGGCCAACGAUUGAAGGCCUAUGUUGGUGGUGAAAGUGGUAAGGAAGCAAGUGAGGUUGUCACACUAGAGAGUCCGAAAGUGUAG